AAACAAACAAAUCUCAUUCCGUAGCUCUUCAACCCUCUCUCUCUCUCUCUCCACACGCCGCGUGAAACGAAAUGAACUACGGCGCGAUCCCGACGUCCUCUCAUCCAUCUCCGCCGAUUGAUCUCGAGUACAUCUCACGCGCAAAGCACCGCAUCAAAUCAGGACUCGCCACGCGCCGCCCAUGGAAAACGAUGUUCGAUCUCCAAUCGAUGAGCCUCCCCCACGGCUUCUUCGACGCGAUCUCGAGGAUCAAGACGAACCUCGUCUACUUCAGAGCCAAUUACGCCGUCGUCGUCCUCCUCGUCCUCUUCCUGAGCCUCAUCUACCACCCGACGUCGCUCCUCGUCUUGGCCGUCCUGGUCGUGUUCUGGAUCUUCCUCUACUUCCUCCGCGACGAGCCUCUCGUGGUCUUCGGUCACCAGAUCGAUGAUCGGACGGUCAUGAUCUGCUUAUCGGUUUUGACGAUUGUGAUGCUUUUGUUCACGCACGCGACGGCGAAUGUUCUCGGGGCGGUGGCGACGGCUGUGGUGUUGGUUUUGGUACACGCGGCGGUUAGGAGGAGUGAUAAUUUGUAUCUUGAUGAGGAAGCUGCGGCGGCGACGGAAGCUUCAGGGCUGACGUCAUAUCCAUAAAUAAACCGAUUUGUUAUUUUCUUCUUCUUUUUAUGUUACUGUGUUUGGUUGAGGGACUUUGAAAACGUUCGUUUCUACUCUGUGUACAAUUUGUUCUAAUCAUGAAGCAAGUGUAACGUUUCGAUUUUUAGUUAAGUGAUAUGUAGAGAGAUUCAAAAGAAUU